UCACUCUCAAAAAUAAUUGAUAAGCAAAAGAGUGAGCAAGUUCUCGCAUAAACUAUAGUGCAAUCGGAAAAGCGUAGUUGUGAUAAAAACAAGCAGAACAACAAAAACAAAAAGUGCGUUUUCCCCUCCGUUCAGCGAUCGCCUAAAUGGUCACCAUGGAAAACAGCGAGGAGAUAAUGCAGAUCCUGGAGCGCUUCACGGAUCUUAAGCAAAAGGAAAUCCCAAAGGAGCUGGAGGAAUACCUACAGUAUGUGGCCAAGACCGGCGACACCAUCUUCAAGUGGUCCAGCCUGAAGUACUUGUUCCGCGAGAAGCUGCUCAGCGUGAUCAAGCACUUUAAUGAGGACUCACCGCGUUUAGAGGAGAUUCCCAACUAUCCGAAUGUGGAUCCUUUCAACUACGAGACCAUGAAGUCCUCGUUGCUGGAGCGCCUGGACCUCUUCAAUGCAGCUCCCUUCACCGUGCAGCGUUUGUGCGAGCUACUAAUCGAUCCUCGGAAGCAGUACUCGCGCAUCGAUAAGUUUAUGCGCGCUUUGGAAAAAAAUAUUUUAGUGGUAAGCACCAUCGAUCCUGGACGCAAGCGUACCGAAAGUGAGAAUGGCGACUCGCUGGACUCAGUGGUCAACGGGGAUCUCUCCAUGGAGGUGAACAUUGACAUUGAAAUGGAGAAUAAUAACGGUAACGCCGAGGAGGGCUCUUCUCCCAGCUCCGGUUCGCCAGGUGGUGCCCAGAAGGCAAGCUGCCCGCGUUCGGAAGACAAUGAUCAGCCCAAAGCCAAGAAGGCAAAACUGGAGAUCGAUGGGGAAGAGCGGUCGGAAGCGAGCGAUGAAACGGAGGUCAAAAAUGAAAAGGAUGAGAAGAGUGACAACGAUGAGACUGAUUCGCCGCAUGAGGCUGCCGAGAUCGAGGAGCCCGAUGAAGAGGUGGAUGAGGCUGAUCAAGGGACCAAGACCACCAAGCAGCCUGUUUACGGCAGUCAGAAGGAGGGUGAGCAGGAGGAAAGUUUUCCAGCAUCUGCCGAUGACGAGGCGGUGGACCCAAUGGUGAGCAAAUCCAUAGAAGCUGAGAAGGAACUAGUUGCUCAGGAAAAGAAGGUGGAGGAGGACAAAAAGGUGGCGACCGAGCCACAAGAAGAGAUUGUAAAGAAGGAAGAGGUCGUCGAGUCUGAUAAACCGGACGGAAAGGUUGCACAGUUAGGCGAAAAGGCAGUUGUCAAGAAAUCUACUCCGCCUGCCGAGGCGGAAAACCAGGAGCCUGUCAGCAGAAAACGAGAAGGAGGAGAAAAAACAAGCACCAAUUGAAACUGAAAAACAGGACGAUAUCGAAUCUACUGAGACUGACUAUGCCCCAUCAUCAGAAAAGCCCGCUGAAGAAAAGAUACCUUCCUCCGAAU